AUGACUGAUCAAAGGGCCCUCAAAUACCUUUUGGAUCAGAAACUACAUAUUGGGUUCAAAAAGAAAUGGGUGGGCAAACUCAUGCGAUGUGAUUUUGAAGUUGAGUACAAGAAGGGAAGGGAGAACAAGGCAGUUGAUGAUGUGUCCAGAUCACCUAUGACUAAGCAGUUCCUUCUAGCCAUAAUACCUAGUCACACUGAAGAAUACAAGGUCUACUCUUACAUUCACCAGCAAAUCAAGAAGCAUGGGAAGUUGAUGGUAUUCAAGUUGCAUGGAAUGCCUGAGAAUGUGCUUAUCACUCUCAGGGCUCAGUAUGAUGGGCAAACCGAGGUAGUCAACAAAACAUUGGAGACUUAUUUAAGGUGCUACUGUGCUGAUAGUCAGAAGGAUUGGAACAUGUAUCUCUCUUUGGCCGAGUGGUGGUACAACACCACUUUUCAUUCAGCUAUACAGACCAGUCCAUAUGAGGCUCUGUAUGAACAACAACCCCCUACACACUUGCCUUACUUGCCUGGUGAGGCUAUGGAUGACAAAGUUGAUAUAAGCUUGAUUCCCAGAGAGUUUAAAACUCAGUUGUUGAGGUUUCAUUUAGACAAGGCACAACAAAGAAUGACAGACAUGGCUAACAAAUACUGA